CGAUAAACAUUAUACGCGCUAUUGCUUUAUUUUCUCCGACUGUUCGUUUUUGCCUCGGACUGAAUCUACUCCAUGGAUGCCGCGAAGGUGAACCAGCUUAAGCUCUUCGUUGAGCAAUGCAAAUCCAAUCCUUCCAUUCUCAAUGAUCCUUCACUUUCCUUCUUCAGAGACUACCUUGAGAGUCUCGGCUGUAAGCUUCCCCCUUCAGUUUACAUGCCUGACGAGUCACUUCCAACUCGAAACUCGUCUAUGGAAGACAUUGAUGACGAUGAAGACGUAACAGACUUCAAAGAGGAGGAAUCUUCACAUGGAGCUAAAACCCCUGAUGAUGGUUACGAGAGUGAUAUAAUAGAGUCGGAUGUCGAGCUCGAAGGGGAUAUUGUAGAACCCGACAAUGAUCCUCCGCAGAAGAUGGGAGACCCCUCUGUUGAGGUUACAGAUGAAAACCGCGAUGCUUCUCAAGCGGCCAAGGCACAAUCAAUGGAAGCAAUUUCUGAGGGUAAACUCCAGGAAGCUGUUGAAUAUCUUACUGAGGCGAUUUUGCUGAACCCGUCUGCCAUAAUGUAUGCCACCAGAGCUAGCGUCUUUAUAAAAAUGAAAAAACCUAAUGCUGCUAUUCGAGAUGCCAAUGCAGCUUUGGAGAUUAAUCCAGACUCUGCAAAAGGCUGUAAGACUCGUGGCAUUGCCAAAGCGAUGCUUGGUCAGUGGAAAGAAGCUGCCAAGGAUCUUCACUUAGCAUCAAAGUUGGAUUACGACGAGGAGAUCAGUGCAGUGCUCAAAAAGGUUGAACCUAAUGCACACAAGAUUGAAGAGCACCAUAGGAAGUAUGAGCGGUUGCGGAAAGAGAAGGAAGAGAAGAGGAUUGAGCGUGAGAGGCAACGCCGUAAGGCUGAAGCACAGGCUGCAUAUGAGAAGGCCAAAAGGGAGGAGCAAUCUUCUUCAAGUAGGAAACCUGGUGGCAUGCCCGGUGGUUUUCCCGGAGGGAUGCCUGGUGGCUUCCCCAGAGGGAUGCCCGGAGGCUUCCCUGGAGGGAUGCCCGGAGGCUUUCCAGGGGGGAUGCCUGGAAGUAUGCCUGGAGGGAUGCCUGGAAACAUUGAUAUGAGCAAAAUUCUAAAUGACCCUGAAUUAAUGGCCGCUUUCAGUGAUCCAGAAGUUAUGGCUGCUCUUCAAGAUGUGAUGAAGAACCCUGCUAAUUUUGCCAAGCAUCAGGCGAACCCCAAGGUGGCUCCUAUUAUUGCAAAGAUGAUGGGCAAGUUCGGUGGACCCAAAUAAGCUUAUACUGUAAGGAUGAGUUUGUUUUUGAUAGUUACAUGCGCUUCAUCAUUUAACAUAGUUGUGCUAAAUAGGAAAAAGAUAAUGAGGCUUCUUCUGCUGUGAUUUUUGAGUGUGAAUCUCAUUUCUCCAUGUUUAUGUGAGUAUAGACCCCCAUAGUUGAAUCA